AUGCCCAACGAGAUGUACGAGAAAGGCCUCCAGAUCCGGCGCGAGGUGCUGGGCUCGGAGUAUGUCGACCGCGCCAUCGGCAGCGCCGACGACUUCAACAAGGAGUUUCAGGAGAUCCUCACCGAGUAUUGCUGGGGCGCGGUGUGGGGCCGGCCGGGGCUGAGCCGCAAGCAGCGCAGCCUCAACAACAUCUGCAUGCUGUCCGCGCUGGGCCGCAACCACGAGCUGGAGCUGCAUCUCAAGGGCGCGCUCACCAACGGCGUGACCGUCGACGAGAUCAAGGAGACGCUGAUCCAGGUCGCCGUCUAUUGCGGCGCGCCGGCGGCGGUCGAAGGGUUCCGCAUCGCGCGGCGCGUCGUCGACGAGCACCGCAAGGCGGAGGCCGGCUGA